UACCGUGCAGUCCGAGGCAAAUAGUUUCAAACGAUAUUCACUAAAUUUCUUUCUAAAAAUGUUGCAAACGUAAUCUCAACAAAAUGACCGAUGACGUCAACGCGACUGAAUCGGUUACACGGUUGUGCUCACUGGCGGCGAACGGAUCGAUGCAAGAAGAUCCACGAACCGCAUCCCUGAGGCGCAUCAGUUAUGGUAUCAUCCUACCAGCAAUUUGCUGUUUGGGGAUCAUCGGGAAUAUCCUCAACUUGGUGGUUCUCACGAGGAGAAACAUGCGAGGAACUGCCUACAUCUACAUGAGGGGAUAUUCCGCCGCUGCUCUGCUGGCCAUAGUAUUCUGCAUCCCGUUCGCUCUGAGGGUUCUGAUCCACAAGGAAAACGGUCGAUGGAGUAACUGGCAUCAAGCGUUCUACCACGUUCAUCUCGAACUGUUCUUGGGAAACGCAUGCCUCGGGGUUGGAGUUAUGAUGCUGUUGGCGUUGACGGUCGAAAGAUACGUGAGCGUUUGUCAUCCCGGGCAGCACACAAGGCCCCUCUGCGGUCCGCCUCAUCUGACGGUUGUUUUAAUACCGCUAGUCACAUUCGUCGUAUACCUGCCGAGUGUCUUCCGCGGGGAAAUAUUAAAGUGUCAGGUGGCACCUGCUGGUCCGCUGAUUUACCAAAAACGAGACAAUUUGCUCUUCCUCAAUCCCGUUUUUUAUCAGAUUUACAAGGUGGUUCUUGAGGUGGUAUUCAAAGUCGCCCCGACAAUUCUACUCGCUGGGCUCAAUCUCCGGAUCAUGAUAGUAUACAGAAAAUCGUGCGAGCGGCGUAGACGAAUGACGUUGUCCAGAACCGUCAGCAGCGACGAAGACCCGAGAACUUUCGCCGAGGAGAGACGGCUCGUCUUACUUUUGGGAAGCACAAGUAUACUUUUCCUCGUAUGCGUCACUCCCAUGGUUAUACUAAACGUAACGCUGAGUGAGAGCAACUUGAUCCUCUACCCUUACCAGGUUUUUCGAGCACUGGCCAAUCUCCUCGAGGUGAUAAAUUAUUCCAUCACCUUUUACAUCUACUGCCUGUUUUCCGAGGACUUUCGAAACACACUGAUACGAACUCUGCAAUGGCCUUGGGGCCCUGCGGGAAGACACGCACGGGGUGUCCCGAUGAAGCAUUCCCCCCUGCCAAGGCCCACGACCACAACGACGCCACCGACGACAGCGGUCGCAACCCCGGGUCACGUGGCACGGGCCAGUGUCUAAAGUUCUGAAACCUGAACACGUAAGAUUUAUCCUUUCACCGUAUUUCAUUUCUUUGGGCAUUAUGCAGUGGUCGUCGGAAUUUUUUUUCCCCUACCGGAGCAGAGGUACGUAUUCAGGUCUUUGGGCUGCCUGAAUAUAAAUUCUUCGGCUGACGUGUACUGAGGAAAAUUUUUUAAAAAAUUUCACUUGAACUACACGCAAUAGACGUUAGACUGAUUAAAAGUCGUGACCGAGUAAUGGCUAAUUGACGGGAAAUCGGAGUCGCAAUUUAAAUCUACUCAAAAUGCCACUCGAAGUAGAGUUUGAAUCGAACAAAUAUAUACCUAAAUUAUGAGAGUGUUUAAAUGAAAAUUACGUGCAGCAAAGUACAGAUUUUAUCGCAAGUUAUUACAUUACGCUGAUUACGGCAAAGAAAUUCCAUUGCCUCGGAUAUCAGACUGACUGACAUGAACAAUAUGUAAGUAUUCGUCUAAGUAAAGCUUUUAUGGCAAUGCAUGACGAAGGAAAAUGAAGCCACGUGGAAAGAAAAAAAAAAAAGAAAAUAAAACUAGAGAAAUGCUUAUUUUGAAAGGUAUCUGUGAUCAUAUGUACGAUGUAGAUUUUUUAUUGAAAUUUUACCUAUAUUUAUGAACGAUACUUACAAUUAAUGAUUUUAGGUGAAAAACGUUAAUUUUCUAUUCACGCCGUAUACAAUAAUAUACAUAUAUAUAUAAUGUAUAUAUGCCAAUCAAAUACAUCUGUAUUGUAAACAUGAUACAGCGUACAGUCGUACGUAUCUUUAACACGUUUUUCCGUGCGCGAAACUCCGACAAGCAUCUGUAUACGUGAUACAUGUACCAAAAGUGUGCGAGGAUGUUAACAAAAUUUUAAAUAAAAGAAUGCUAAAUAACAAUUAACCCCACCUACUUCAUGCUUCGGAAAAAAAAGAACGAAUGAAAAUAAAAAGACGAAUAAAACGGUAUCAAAUUAACGAUCGCGUGAAGUUUCGUCGUACGCGAAUUACUAAUUAUUCAAUGGUUUCAAAUCUCCGUAUUGAAUUAUUACUGCCACAUGUUUUCAAUUACGAUAAGCUAUCCGUAAAUUGUGACCUUUGUAUUUUAAUCUGGAUUAAUCGUACAAUUACCUGGAGUACCUAACUAUAAAACAAUACAUUGCUGUAUGAGGCAAACAAUUUUGUGACUUUCACACACAGCUGGAAAGCACAAAUAAACCGCGUUUGUCCUCCAUAUACCAAUUACCGAAAUCACCCGAAGUUUGUUAGAACGUCGUUUGAACAUGUAAAUGUGGCAACUGAUAAUCCGUGAUGAUUAAUUAUACUCUUAAUUAUACUCCAAGCUCCACCCACAAACAACAAAUGACUCUGUAUGUAUAAUGUAAUUAGUUGUAGUAAGACGAUGCUUCUCCAAACUCAAAAAUAUGCUCGUAUUAAUAUGGAUAUUUAUUAUAUGUAACAUAUUCUUCGGCUGACAAUGAGUUCUUACUAAGUGUCGAAAAACAUCGUUGGAAACAGUGACUUGAUUUAUAUAAGCCUAUCGUUAUCAGUACGUGUAUCUAUACUGCUUUGUUACCGUUGGUACGUACCAUUGAGGCUACGGCAUUAUCAUUAUUUUCCGACUCCACCGCUGUUACUCAUCCCAUGCGACACACGCUAUUUUUUGCGACACCUGUGAAGGAAAGUUUAAUUUGAGAAGUAACGAAGGUGCCACUGAUUACGCGUAAAAUUGGGGUCAAGUAACUUACGCUCAACGACACAGUCCGUAAAAUUUAGUUACAUAUUCAAAAGUGCGCUUAAUUGAAAGAAAACCCGCCAGUGUGUGAAAUAUAGGAUUUCAAUUGUGCGCAUACGCCAACGUUAUUUUACCGCACUGUUCAGAAAUGGGAUAAUUUACACACCCUUCACAGACUUUGGAAAUCGAACUUUCAAAUCGAGGUGUUGUAAAAAAAAAAAAAAUUUUCUCAAAUGCAAUACGUAUUCUCGA